GUCGUCGUAUUACUGUCAGCGGUCUGUAAAGUCGCAUUGUUUUUUUUUUAUACGGAACGCUAGCAUUGUGAUUAAGACAUAUAACUACAUAACCUUCAAGAGCGUCGUUGCCAAAAUUGUAUCUAGUCCCAAGUGGUUUCUUUAUAUUAAUUUGUGAACGUGGCCGGGUCUUGGCUUGUAAGCAUGUGGGGAUCCAGCCGCCGUGUCCUUCAGGAGGUAGUGACGUCUCAUUUCAGGUGUUUCUCCCAGACACCAUGCAAGAGUACAGUUGUGGUGGAGCGUUGGUGGCAAGUCCCGCUGGCAAAAGUAGGUCGGGCCCCCAGACUCCAUCCACGAAGACACAGGAUUUACAGAUUAGUGGAGGACACCAAACUAGUGCCGAAAGAGAAGAACAUGGAGCUGAUUCUGACACAAACGGUUGAAAAGCUUGGGGGGCGAGGAGACACAGUGUGUGUGAAAAAAUCUGUUGGCAGAAAUAAACUGCUGGCUCAAGGUCUCGCGGUUUAUUCAUCACCAGAAAACAAACAGAUGUUCGCCGAGGAGAUACGGCUUUUGCAUGAAGGGAAGCCAGAGGAUAGAAUCCAAACACGCACAGGACAACUUACUGUGGACCUCCUGAAAUCUUCACAGUUGAAGAUUAAUAAAUGGCCCUCGAAUGAGUAUGCACUCACCAAAGAGAUUGCCUGCAGGCAAUUUGCCCGGAAGUUGGGAGUUAUUGUGCCACUUCAUGCGUUGACACUUCCAGAGGAGCCAAUCAUGGAUGUAGGAGAAUACUGGUGUGAGGUUACGGUGAAUGGAAUAGACACUGUGCGUAUCCCAAUGUCGGUUCUGCCCUACGAGGACCCAUCUGCAAGGGAGCAGAAAAGGUUGAGGCAAGAAAAUGCCGUUUCUAUUACAAUGGAGGCUAGUUCUGAAACAGCCGCUUCAGCGUUGGAAGCUUCUGACGUUGGGACCUCUCCUGAUGUGGAGUCUCCUGCCCCUCCAGGGACCUCGCCUUCUGAAGACAAGGCAGGACCACCAACGGAAAACCACCCAAAAGAUGGACUGUGAAUUAAAAGUCCACUUAAAGAAAGGAUUAUCAUGUUAAUAGAAAAAUAAUGGAUCAUGAUCUGGGGACAUCGAUGUGAAUAAAGAAUGCAAGAUCAA